AUGACAGAUAUCUCGACUUCUCGACGGCCAAGCAGCGCCGAUUCAGUGUCCUCUGUAGACUCUCAUGAUCCAAAUAUCACCUUGAAGCGCGUUGGACUCAACAAAGAAUUUGCCAUCACCGAUGACGGAGCAUCUUAUGUCCGCACACACAACUCAAAUGGCAUCAAGACUGCCUGGAAGAAGGUCGAGUCGCCUCUUGACAACAAACAGUCGACUUCCCAAAUGAAGCAGCUCUACCUCGUUCGACACAACCAGGCCGAGGGCGAGCCCUUACACUGGAGCCUCGAGACAGCUGAUGUUGAAGGUGGCGAUCUGGAAGGAAAUGUCUAUCAGGUCUCGGGGGACGCCGAGUUCAUGGAUUACAGACCGAAUCAGUAUUUCGUGAUCGUGCCCAAUCUUACACCUCAGAUGGACAACAUCGUCAGCAAGAUUGCUGCAGCUGAGCCACCUCCUCAGGCAAAGAGCAGGAAGGAGGUCACAGAAAAUUGCCAGUACUGGGCCAUCAGAGUGAUGAAGAAACUGGUCGAGUGCGGAAUGGUGGAGCCGCAGAAGGUGAUUGACUGCCAGAAGCUCGUGGAGCCUAUUCGCAAGUAA